CCACGGACUCCGAGUGCCGGGAUCAAAGGAAGCUGCUUCCUUGAAACUUAAACCGAGCUUCCUCUGCAGAUCUGGGGCCCCUUAAACACCGCUGUUGGUUUUUGACAGUAUAUGCAAACGGAAAAGACAGUCCAGCCUGGGUGAGCCGCGGAGGGGUGUGGGAAGUGUCGUCCAGCUUCUAACCACCCGAGGCUCGUGCUGCCCCCAGCCGCAGCCCUCACUGACCAUUGUGGAGUAUCCCUGCAGCACCACGCACCAGCUGUGCCACUUGGACGGCGUUGAGAUGUGGAACUGGGGCCUUUGUCUGCGGGCCCGGUGCUCUGCCUUCUCAGGCUCUGCCCAUUCCCAGAAAGAAGAGGAAAUGACUGAGUCCCAGGUAAUAACAACCUUUGAAAAAUGUAACUGGAAGAAGGAAUCCUCAAUUUCACACAAAUAUUGCUACUGCUUCGUGUACCUGGGAACAGUGACAUUCAAAGAUGUGGCUAUUGACUUCACCCAGGAAGAGUGGCAGCAAUUGGAUUCUUCUCAAAGGAACCUAUACUGGAAUGUGAUGCUAGAAAACUAUAACAACUUAAUCACAGUGGGCUGUCCAUUCACCAAACCUUAUGUGAUUUUUAAGUUGGAGCAAGAAGAAGAACCGUGGGUUGUGGAGGAGGAAGAAGUGUUAAGGAGACAUUGUCCAGGAGAAAUACGGAGAAUUGAUGACCAUCAGAAUAUACAGGACAAACUUUUGACAGAACUUGAAGAUAAGUUUAUAAAAACACUGACUGAAGAAAAAUUCAGUGAAUGUGAUAACAAAUUUUCUGAUUCGUUUUCUCCAAAUUCAGACUUUUUUUCUUCUAGUCACAACUUUCAUGACUAUAACUUAUUUGGAAAACGUCUAGAAUGUAAUUUUCACUGUCAUAAUAAUGAGAGAAUUCUUAUAAGAAAGGAAUACUGUGAAUAUAAUGAACCUAUAAAGUCAUCUGGCAAUAGCUUAUCAAAUCUUGUAGUAACCCCCUUUAAGUGUAAUAAUUGUGGAAAAGGAUUUAGUCAAACCUUGGAUCUCAUCAGACACCUGAGAAUUCAUACUGGAGAGAAACCCUAUGAAUGUAAAAAAUGUAGAAAAGCCUUUAGCCAUAAGGAAAACUUCCUAAAACAUCAGAAAAUUCACAGUAGAGAACAAUCUUAUGAAUGUAAUAAAUGUGAGAAAGCUUUCAUUAAAGUGUCAAAUCUCAUUAGACAUCAAAGAAUUCAUACUGGAGAAAAACCCUAUGCAUGUAAGGAAUGUGGAAAAUUCUUCAGUCAGAAAUCAAAUCUCAUUGAUCAUGAAAAAACUCACACUGGAGAGAAACCUUAUGAAUGUGAUGCAUGCAGAAAAACAUUCAGCCAGAAGCAAAGCCUCAUUGCACACCAGAAAGUUCAUACUAGGGAGAAACCUUAUGCAUGUAAUGAAUGUGGUAAAGCUUUCCCCCGAAUUGCAUCUCUUGCUCUUCAUAUGAGAAGUCAUACAGGAGAAAAACCUUAUAAAUGUGAUAAAUGUGGAAAAGCCUUCUCUCAGUUUUCCAUGCUUAUUAUACAUAUGAGAAUUCAUACAGGUGAGAAACCCUAUGAAUGUAAAGAAUGUGGAAAAUCCUUUUCUCAAAGCUCAGCCCUUACUGUACAUAUGAGGAGUCAUACUGGUGAGAAACCCUAUGAAUGUAAGGAAUGUGGAAAAGCCUUCAGCCACAAGAAAAACUUCAUUACACACCAAAAGAUUCAUACUAGAGAGAAACCUUAUGAAUGUAAUGAAUGUGGGAAAGCAUUUAUUCAGAUGUCAAAUCUUGUUAGACACCACAGAAUUCACACUGGAGAAAAACCCUAUAUAUGUAAAGAAUGUGGGAAAGCCUUUAGCCAGAAAUCAAAUCUCAUUGCUCAUGAAAAAAUUCAUUCUGGAGAGAAACCCUAUAAAUGUAAUGAAUGUGGUAAAGCCUUCAGCCAAAAGCAAAACUUUAUUACACAUCAGAAAGUUCACACUGGAGAGAAACCUUAUGAUUGUAAUAAAUGUGGCAAAGCCUUCUCUCAAAUUGCAUCCCUUACUCUUCAUCUGAGAAGUCAUACAGGGGAAAAACCCUAUGAAUGUGAUAAAUGUGGGAAAUCCUUCUCUCAGUGCUCAUUGCUUAAUUUACAUAUGAGAAGUCAUACAGGUGAGAAGCCUUAUGUAUGUAAUGAAUGUGGAAAAGCUUUCUCUCAAAGAACUUCCCUUAUUGUACAUAUGAGAGGUCAUACUGGUGAGAAACCCUAUGAAUGUAAUAAAUGUGGAAAAGCCUUCUCUCAAAGCUCAUCCCUUACUAUACAUGUACGAGGUCAUACAGGUGAGAAACCCUUUGACUGUAGUAAAUGUGGAAAAGCCUUCUCUCAAAUCUCGUCUCUUACACUUCAUAUGAGAAAACAUACAGGUGAGAAGCCUUAUCAUUGUAAUGAGUGUGGUAAGGCUUUCAGUCAAAAGUCACAUCUUAUUAGACACCAGAAAAUUCAUACUUACUAGAAAUAGAAACCUUAUGAAUAUUAUAAAUAUGGAAAUACCUUCAGAAGGAAUUAGCACCUUCUAACAUAUUACAUAAUUGAUUCUAGAGCUGAAAACUGUGAUAUGGGAAAGCUUUUGAAGAAGUCACACAUUUGUGAAACAUGAGAAUUAUUACCAAGGUUACAAAUUGUGUAAUGAAAAAGCUGAUCAUCCAUAACUUUUAGCAGAUAUCAUACCUAUUGCUAUUUAUUAAUCAUUCACAGUAAAGCUUGAAACAAGUUAUUUUCUGUCAGUUUAUCAACAUGUUACUUGAGCUCCUAACCAAUAUAUUAUCAAGAAAAAGAUUCAAGGGAAGAAGAAACUAUAAAAAUAAACUUUUAUAUGAGAAAUAAUUAGAAAAUGUGUUGAUAUAAAAUUAGAAAUAUGUUCAUAUAUACUUCAAAUACUAUGUCUAAGAAUAGGCACAAUGAAUAUAUGUAUCACAUUUUGAAGAGCAUAAGAUAAUGCUUAAAUUUUAGAAAAAUAACAUGGAAAAGUCUUGGCAUUAUAAACAAUAUUUUUUUUACAAAUCUCUAACAUACUUGUAAAGUACUUCUACUCAGAGUUUUCAUUAGUUAUAAUUUAAAAAUUUUACAAACUGAUUCAAAAUUUUAUAUUGGAAUGUAAAGUACUGUAAAUAACUGAAGAAAAUGUUACAAACAAACAGAAGACAGUCUACUAGAUAUCAUAUACUUUAUUUAAAACUGCAUCAUUUAAACAGUGUGUUCUUGAUGAGUAAGUCAGUAGGAAAAAAAUGAGGAUUGAAGGAAAAAGACAUUUGGAUUUUGUGUGUGACAGUGCUAUGGAAAUUAUUGGAGAAAGAAUGGCCUAUUUGAUAGUGGAAGAUUCAUAUCAACAAAAAACAUUAGCUCUCUAUACCAUAUAUAAAAGUAAAAUUCAAGUAGAUUAAAGGACAAUAUAAAAAGCAACAUUCUAAAACUAUGAUGAAAAUAGAAUAUAUUUAUUACUAUAGAGUAACAGGAGUUUUAAAAACACACAUAAAUAUGAAACAAUUCUAUUAUGGUGUAUUGUCAUAGUAGCACCAAUAUAUAUGCACAAAGAGAUAUAUGUGUUCACUCUAUUAUGCUUUGUAUUACUAUAAAUUAGGCAUAGCAUAAAUUUUUAUGGUAUAGAGAUAGAUCAUUAUGAUGUGUUUAUUUAUUUGAUAUAAUACAGUAUUUACAGAAUACAAAUUUGACAUAGUUGCCUGGAUAGUUUACAACAUAAUAGGAGUAAAAAGCAAAAUGUACAAUGAAAUAUGAUACAUUUGUACAAUAUAAUAAAAUAAUGCAAAGAAUAGUACUGUGUAUUGACCAUGGAUCCAUAUAUUGCUGUGGUUUCUACUUGUAGGGAGUGGGAAAGGUAUGGAGGGAGUAGUUACAUUUACCUGUAAUAGUUCUUAAAGAAUGAAAGCAAAUAUAACAGUGGUAACAAAUCUGGUUGUCAAAAUUGUGUUGCUUUUUUUGGUAUUAUUUCUUGCUUUUGUUUAUUACCUAUUCUAAAAAAUAAGUAGAGUUGAUACAGGAAACCUGGGCCCAUAUAAAUAAUUUUUAAGUGGAUUCUUAUUUUUUAUCAGAUACUAACAUUUAGAGAGUAUUCCUUUUGCUAAUACACAAACCAAACCUGAAUUAAAAUAAUG